AGAUGUUGAAGGAGUUGAACCAACAACGCAGAGCGAAAGACUUUACAGACCUGAAAAUAAUUGUUGAAGGCAAAGAGUUUGAAGUCCACCAAAAUGUUCUAGCUUCCUGCAGCCUUUAUUUCAAGGACCUGGUGAAAAGGUUUGCCUUCCCUCCCCUCCCCUCCCCUCCCUCACCAGCUUUUGAUCCAAUCUGUUCUUUUCAUAGGGUGCAUUUGUGUGGCUUUUUUUUCCCUCCCCCCUUUUCUCUCUUGCAGGUGUGUGAAGACUUUGGUUCCUAUCACAGGGCCAGCAGCCUCCUUCUCCUCCCGCUCCAAAUGAAUGUAUCUCUAAAACCAUGGGACAGAAAAGAUCACCCUAGUCUUUACCUUUUCCUCGCCAUCUAGAGACAAAUAACUACAAUUACAUUUUGAUGAGCAGAGAAAACGUUCAAUGAUUGGGGGAUGUUUUAAUGACUUAACUGUAGGGGCUUUAAACCAACUGAACAUAGGUUACCGUUAGUGCAUUAAAAAGAUAGGGAAGCUUCAGAGUUGCAAACAAAGCACAAAACAAACAGAGGCACAUCUCUCACCACCAUGCUACUCUUUACCCAACCACUAUUUUCACAGGUUAACGCCAUUCUCCAUUAAUGUUUUCAUUUGAUAGUGGAUCUGAGUAUUCCCCAUUACUCUAUUCCUCACAUGUCUCUGGGCUGUUUUGGUUCUAUAUUGUGUGGGUGCGUGCGUGCAAGUGAGUGUGUGUAUGAUGAUGUGAUUGGCAGUUUACCUGCCAGUGCUAGUAUGUGUUCCUUGGUUGUUGUGUUUGCAAAAUGUGUUUGUGUGAGUGAGUAGGUGUGUGUUUAUUUUCUUCAAGCUAAGCCAAAGCCAUCUCCUAGCGUCCUCACCCUGACUUCAGAUUCUUGCAGGUGUCCCAGAACCAAUGUUCUCUCGUCUCCUUGACAUGUGUGUUUGUUCUCCUGUACACCGCGCACAGACAGACCGACAAAGACUGUAGAGAGAGAGAGAGAGAGAGAGAGAGAAGACUGUACAUUACAAUAGGAAGCUCUAGUCUAAAGUCUGGGGGAGGCUGCCUGCUAGUUGCCCUGCAGCCAUGCUGGCUCUAUUGUGAGAUCAUCAGAGGGCGCCACGCUGCUUAUCAGACAUAGAGGCGAGCCAGCCAGGAGAUGCUUUGUGUGUGUCACUCACACGAGCAUGCCCAACACACAGGCCAGAAGAACACACUCUCUCACAUACACACACACACAAUUGUUCUUGCUGAAUGGGGACGCGUACUGAGAUAAUAGUGAGCACCAGCCCUCUCCCAACCACACCCCACUCAUAUUCACACAUAUAGUACAUCACAUCUACACGGCACACAACUUUCAGUUUGCUACAGACAGACUUGUGUUGGUGGAGCUGUCGAUAGGAUUCCCCUGUUUCUCUCCCUUAUCUGAGCCAGAGUUAGUUUGCUGCAUAGAGAGUUAGAUCCUGCACAGAGAGAAAUACUGGAGUGAGUUAGGUUCUGCAUAGAGAAUAGAGGUAGGUUCUGAUUAGAAACAAGGUCCCCAGAAAGACACAAAGUCCCCAUAGGAAUGGAAAUAAUUUGUGUCUGGUUACAAAUGUAUGCACUCACUAACUGUAAGUCGCUCUAGAUAACAGCGUCUGUUAAAUGACGAAAAUGUAAAAAUGGUUACGUUCAUCUGACUGCCUGCCUGCAUACAUUCUGAUAUUGUACUUGCUUAAUUUGGCUGCUUGAUAGAGAAAAUUCUCAUUAAGUGUAUAAUUAAUUGUAAAACGACCUUAAUUUAUCAUCCUAACGUGGGCCUUUCUCAUCUAGAUUAAAUCAAAAAUAGAAUUUCUAAUUUAACCGUACAGUUAGUGGUAUAUUCCAUGAAUAUGUAUGUUAUACUAAUCAGUAAUUGUAUAAAUUGCAUAAUCGUAUAAUUAUUAAUCGUAUAAGUUGUCAACCUUUUUGACAUGAUAAAGUUGUUAUAAUUCAUCACGGCAUGUACAGUACAGUACAAAUAGAACAAUAAAUGCUCUUGACUUUAUAAGGCACGUGGGACCUCUCCGGUUUUAUUGGCGUGUUUACUGUCAAACACAACACUGAGAGAGCGAGAGGGAGGGCGGGAGACUGAGAAAAAGCUGUGCCAUUUUUGCCUUGGCUCUCUUAGGUGUUGUGCAGUCAGGUAGGGUGUCACUGAGUUGGUUAAAGAGACAGAGAGAAACCAGAGAGAGACAGUGACAGAGAGAGAGAGAGAGAGAGAGAGCGAGAGAGAGAGAGAGAGAAGAGAAGGUCCCAGCCAAGGGUCCUGUCAUUGAGUUACGGCCUCUCUGUGCCAUUCAGGUCACUCUCCAGCGCCUGUGGAAUUAUGCUGAUGCCACACAUGGCCCCACACCGUGUCCAGAUUUUUAUGAGGUCGAAUGAAAGAGAGAAACGCACUCUUCACGCUCUCCCUGUGCUGCCCACUACCCCCAUGCCAUCGAGGUACUCACUGCUGUCGGGACUCCCUGUCAGUGCCUCAUAAACUACCACAGCAUGUGUGUGUGUGUGUGCAUAUGCACGUGCAUUUGCGUGUGUCCGUGUCCAUGUCCGUGUGUGUCCGUGUCCGUGUGUGUGUGUGUGUGUGGGGGGGGGGUGAGCGGGAGGCGCAGGCCUAUAACUCUCCGGUGUUAUCCAGACAGCCAGCGUUCACUCAGAGAGAGAGUAGAGAUGGAACAGAGGUUGAGCGCCGCUGCAUAUUUGUGCUGAUCUCCACACACACACACACACACACACACACACACACACACACACACAAUAAAUGAAAGUCUAAAUUGGAACAUAUGUCCAGCUGGCGCUCCGUGAAGUGGCUAAGUAAUGAUUAAAUUCUUGUUUACAUUCAGGAAAGUCAUUUUCAUUUAGUAGGUUAUGGUGUUUACUUUUAAGCAGUAGUUAAGUAAAUUGCAGAACAUUAAGGCACCAUCUCGUUAGAAAAUGGUUUUGAAAUAUAAUUUUUUAAAUGAUUAUAUUUUAAUCAUUAAAGCUACAGUAUUUGAGUUUGAGUGAGAUUGGGUUUCUGGGUAACACUUUAUUUGGAUAGAUGCUCUUCAGACUAUCUACUAACCCUAACCCAGGCUCGAACCCUAACCGUAACCUUUAACAUGACCCUAAACUUAACCCUUACCCUAACCCUUAUUUUAAACCUAACCCUAACCUUACCUACAGAUGGAAAAUCCGGACGAUCCAAAUAAAAUGUGACCGUUUUCUGUAUCAUACCCAGGAUGUAGGCCUAGCUAUUUCCGGUUAGCAGCAUUUUAAAAUAUUCAUAAUAUUUAAAUUGGUGUCGAUAUUUGAUGUAUGUUAUAAAAAGCUAAUUUAUAGUCAGUUUGCUGAAAGGAUCAGUAAAAUUAGAUUAUGAUAGAUGAGUAGCAAUUAAUGAUUGUGCAAAAUGAUCACUAAUGGCGGUAAAGAUUAAACCACGACAGAUGUUAAAAAUGUCCAUGCAGUUUAACUGCUGAUAUAUAUCCGCAAUCUCAUCCAUUUUAUGUAAAUCAUAAAAAUCUGCCUUCUUUGUUAAAUUUCCCAUCCUUGUAGACUAUAGUAUUGUAUUUCGAUAAAAUCUUAAAGAAACUCUAUAUCCUCCCUCCCUCGCUCUCUGUGUAAAGUACAAGCCUGAAGUACAAGCCUGCAGAGUUGAUGUAUCUCCCUCCUCUUUCGCAUUAAACUUGUCAAAAAUGUCCAGUCGUCGCGACCCUGCUACCUGAAGGAUGUAACACACCCGGCACUCACCCACCAAAAACCUAUUACCUCCCCCUUUAAAGGCUGCUGCUGCUCAGCCCAGAAAGACCACACACACACACACACACACACACACACACAGACCAACGGUCACCCCCAGUAAUUCCAUUUUCCCCCUCUGGAGUUUCAAUAAGUAUGCUCUGCACCCCCUUAAUUUAUGGGCACAGUGCAUCUGGUGCAGCUCAAUGGCAGGGCCUAAUGUAAAGGCACACACUCUCUGAGCAGUCUUGACACACUAGAACUUUGUUCAAUUUCUUGCCUUUUUUUCUCUCUCUCUCUUUCUGUUUUCAUAUGAUUCUGACUAAAGCUGUGACAAUACCAUUAUCGCAAUAUUUUUUCCAUGCCAAAAAAAGAAAACAUGAAGCAGACCUAACUCUUUGGUCCCAUAAAAACCUUCUGUAUGUAAGGUAUUGUGUGCUAUAGCUUGGAAAAUAAAUAUACUGAACAAAAAUAUAAACGCAAACAUGCAACAAUUUCAAAGAUUUUUCUGAGUUACAGUUCAUAUAAGGAAAUCAGUCAAUUUAAAUAAAUUCAUUAGGCCCUAAUCUAUUGAUUUCACAUGACUGGGCAGGGGCACAGCCAUGGGUCGGCCUGGGGGGGGCAUAGACCUACCCACUUGGGAGCCAGGCCCACCCAAUGGGGAGCCAGGCCCAGCCAAUCAGAAUGUUGUUGUUUUUCCCACAAAAGGGCUUUAUUACAGACAUAUAUACUCCUCUGAACCCCACCCCCCAGCCCCUCAGACGAUCCUGCAGGUGAAGAAGCUGGAUGUGUAGGUCCUGGGCUGGCGUGGUUACACAUGGUCUGCGGUUGUGAGGCCGGUUGGACGUACUGCCAAAUUCUCUAAAAUGACGUUGGAGGUGGCUUAUGGUAGAGAAAUAAACAUUGAAUUCUCUGGCAACAGCUCUGGUGGACAUUCCUGCAGCCAUCAUGACAAUUGCAGCUCCCUCAAAACUUGAAACAUCUGUGGCAUUGUGUUGUGUGUCAAAACUGCACAUUUUAGAGUGGCCUUUUAUUCUCCCCAGCACAAGGUGCACCUGUGUAAUGAUCAAUGUAAUCAGCUUCUUGAUAUGCCAAACCUGUCAGGUGGAUGGAUUAUCUUGACAAAGGCUAAAAUGCUCACUAACAGGGAUGUAAACAAAUUUGUGCACAACAUUUGAGAUAAGCUUUUUGUGUGAAUAGAACAUUUCUUGGAUCUUUUAUUUCAGCUCAUAAAACAUGGGACCAACACUUUACAUGUUGCGUUGGUAUUUUUGUUCAGUGUAAAUGUGACUCCAACAUUAGAGCUGUUUUCCUAAAGAAAUGUAAUCCGCUUUGUGUUUUGUAUCGCGAUACUCGUAUCAUCCCGGCCCUAAAUCUGACUGAGCCCAGGCAUAGUCUGUUAUGAAUAGGAGAGGAGAAAGUGAUACUAAAGCUUUUAGUCUUCCUUGUCAACAUGUGCUCUCUGGGUGGUAGAAUCCUCCAGCUGAGAUUCCAGCUAGCUCUUACUGUUCCCCUACUACUGUCCUGUCAGUUAGACAGUAUGCAUUACCAUCUACCCAGCAGGCAAAACUGAAAUACAUUGAAAUAACAUAAUUACAACCAGUUUACAAGCAGAAUUACGUCAUUUCAACCAGCUUUGCCGGCUGGGUCUGAAUCACUGUACUGUAAGCCAUAUAUAUAGUCACAGCAGUGGAUAGCAUAAACAAACCUAGACUCUGUUCUGAAAGAUCCUCAGAUGAGUGUCGACAAGUCUGAACAAGACUUCUAUCCUUCCCAACCUCUGUCUCUAUAGAAGCACUAGCCAUAAUAAUGAUAAUAGUCCAAAAUCAUAAUACAUUUAAAUGUUAGUCAUUUAGCAGACGCUUUAUCCAGAGCGACUUACAGUUAGUGAGUGCAUACAUUUUCAUACUACUUUGCUUUUGUCCAAAGCAACUGGCUUUAAAAAAUAUUUUUCACUUUUAUUCUUUCAUAUAGCAUUUACUCCCCUCAAUGCUUUGCGCUUAAGACCAAAAACAGCAGUGUGUCCACAGGGUUGGAGAGUACCGGAUUAGUAAUCUGAUUGCAAAAACACUAUAAUCAGUUAUGUUACCGGCUAAAAUAUUGUAAUCAGAUUACAGAUACUUUUAAAAAUCUAAAUGAUUACUUCUUGGAUUACAUUUAAAUUCAGAAAGGAUGUUUGCAAAAAAAUGCAUUGACACCUUUCUGUUUUCUCAAUAACAUUCAAAUUCAGCAUUAAAAAAGGUUUAAGUUUGUUCCACCUGAGCGAGACUGACCACAAGUCAGAGACCACUAUGAAGACCCACUAUGAAGACCCACUAUGAAGACCCACUAUGAAGACCCACUAUGAAGACCCACUAUGAAGAUGGAUCCUUUUGGUCUUCUUCUAAUGCCUCUUAAGGGGAAAGUAAUCCAAAAGUAAGAGAGUAGUCCGAUUACGUUACUGAUUACAAUUUUGGACAGGUAAUUAAUAACUUUAAUGGAUUACAUUUAGAGUAAUCUGUCCAGCUCAGGAUAUGAUUCUGAACCACAGUGCCCACAAUGUCAUGGGUUAAUUAACCUAACUACUAGCUGUGUCACUCUGCGGCCGCUCAAAACACACUCAUGAUACCAGUGUACGUGCUGGGUCUCCUUGUGUGGCUCAGGCUUGUUACUGUACUUGUUAACUUCAGGGGGGGUGUCUGAAGUGGACUCUUCUCAUCUCAUUUCCUUCAUCUGCAAUCAUCUGAAAACAUAUUGUUGGACAGGGGAUAGCAAUGUAGUGGAUGCCCAGGUAUUUGCUUGGAGAGGAAGCCACUUUUGACUAUUGAGAUGCAGCCAUGGACCCAUUGCUGUCACUCUGCACACCUGGACGUGUCUCAAUAAAGACACAAUAGCUAACCCACCUCACCCUUAGUCAUGAAUGUAGCCUCAAAAAGCCUCCAAUACAAACAAACAAGCACAAACUAAACUCUAAUUACAUCAUUUUUGUUGGUGACAGAAUAAGCAAACAAGUAACAUUUAGUCUCACACAAAAGUGUAUAUUUUGGAUGAGCUUGGAUUCCUUUGAGCACACAGAGUAAAAUGUCUGCGGGAAUCAGGGCAUUUCUCCAGCUGAAAUUUGAGAAAACAUGGUGAAGAAGAUAGUCCUUUUACAGAAGGACACAUUAGAAACCCAUGUAUGACACAACCCCUUUUUCUGCUCCCCCUUUCUGACAGUCUAUGCUGAAUGAAAUACUCUUUCCCCGGAAAAGAGUGGUGCGUUUUUCAUAAACAGAUUCCUCUCUCAAUUUCUCCCUCUUGUUUUACUCUCCUUGCUCUCUCCCUUUCUAUCCCUCUUUUACAUAAAAAAACAAAACAAGUCUGCAAUCAGAUGCAGCAGUAUAAACAGCCACCUCUGUGAGAAGAGGUGGAAAGACCAUUUCCAUAACAAAAACACUCAGGCAAAACAAAUUGUCACUCGAGCCGAUUCCCAUUGCACUAAUUGACCUGGUUGAUGAGCAUGCUCUUGUUUUAUAUUUUUCUUUUAUUUCCUUUUUCUUCUUCUUCCUCCCUUCCCCACCAUCGCUUAACCCUGGACUACACCCCCAACCUUCCCCCUCCUCCUCCCCCUUUUUAUCUAGCUUUAGUACCGCCACAGCAUAGGGCGGGAAGGCAAUAACAUAACAACUCUAUGGCUUUUUGCUUUGCAGGAGGAAAAUAAUAACUGUCUUGGUCUUUCCAGCCUCCCUAUGUCCAUCUAUGCAGAGACAGAUCCCCAUUGUCUAUUUAUUUUUGCGUUGUCCUUCUCCUCCCCUUCUCUCACCUCCUAAGAUGGCUCAAUGACCACUAAUGUCAACUACGUUCAUAUACAGGCUACUGGUGAAUGUGGCAGCAAGCUGGGGACAGAGGCUUGGGGGCUUUGGGUUUAGGUGUGGUGUGGGGCAGAGGGGGGGGGGGGGGGGGGGUCUCUUAUUUGAAAGACCCAGGAACAGUCAUGGAACAUGGAACCCCCCCCCCCCCCCCCCCCCCCAACCCCACCUAAUCCCCCCCAACUCCCCUCUGAAAGAUGGCUGCUGGUCCCUGUGGAUGAACCAACCCUCUUCCUCUCGUCCCCCCUCUCUCUUUCACUCUCUCUCCCCCUCCUUUGUCUUCACUCUAACCAUCCUGUCCAUAUGUCUGUCUGUCUGUCUGUGUCCGUCUGUCUGCAUCCUGCAUCAAAACUGUGUCUGACUGUAUGCUCUGUAAAAGCUAUUUAAUUGAAUCUCACACCAACCCAGUAGGAGACAGUAACAUUUGAAACAGACAGACACUGAGCAUUAUGCAGUGUAGCCAGUCGAUAUGAGCAACAGAAGGAGAAUACAUCCCAUCCAUCUCAAUCCUUGGUAGUUUUCAUAUUGUUUAUGUCCACAGCCCUCGGGGGAAGGACACAGUAUCUCACACUGCAUUCUGGGGCAUUGAUUCUGUUUAUUUUGCCCUUGACUAGAUUAUGUUAUGUCACAUGGGACAUUAAGGCGUAGAGUUAGAACACUUCAACUAAUUACUGAUCCUGAUGAUGUCACAAUGCAGGCGGACUCUAACGCAACCAAUCGCCAUGAGGCUGGGAGGACUACAUUAGCUAGAGAUAUCUCACCCAGCACAACAGUAUAUGGCUAUAUGAAUCUGAUUUGUAGCAUUGCUAUACAGCACACAUGAUAGUCAUACAGUAUUAAUAAUAAUAAUAUAUUUAUUUUAUAUAGGGCUUUUCAUUUUCAAAACAGAAUCUCAAAGUCGCUUUAAAAAACAAACACAAAAACAAAUCAAAUUAUCUGGCAGAUUCUUGGGAGGUUGGCUUCAAGAUUGUAUAUGGGGCGCAACAGUAGGCUAGCAUUCAGACAUACCACAGCUAACAUAGCUUGAGGUCCUCCAUUACAAUAACAUUGAGAUAUCAGACAGCUAACAUACCUAGUGUUCUUCCAAUCUGUCAGUGCAUGUGUGGUUUUAUCACCCCCUCCCCUCUCUCUGUCAUCUGUCUGCCAUUAUCAUGUAUGCAUCUUCUUGAAUAUCUAUGCAUACAUGAGAACACACAUGUCAAAGCAUGCCUUUUGGAUAUUAAUUUGCCAUGAUAAAGACAAACAAAUUACUUGUGCUUUCCUAAUCCUUGUUUUGAGAGAACUGUUUUGUUUCAGAUGGAGCACAAACAACCAUAACUGUGUACUGUUACAAACCCUAGUUGCUUACUGUAAAAACAAUAGAGCCCAAAAAGAAAUGAUCUACCUUUCUACUUUACUUUGUAUUCUAUUGUAUUGAUUCUGCUAUUUUUCCCUUGUUUUGUAAAGACCCAGGUUGUGUGCGUGCGUGUGCGAGCGUAUGUGUGUGUAUCUGUGUGUAGCUCUAGUCCUAGGGGUGUGUAUGUGUGUGUGUGCGUCUCUUCGGUGUCUAACUCCUGUCUCUACUGUGGUUGGUCAGGUCGUCAGGGGAGAUGAGGAGUGGGGAGAAGCUAGAGCUGCAGAUGAGCAAUAUUGGAGCUGAUGUGUUGGAGCUGCUGCUGGAGUUUGUCUACACGGGCUCUCUGGUCAUAGACUCAGCAAACGCCAAGACACUGCUAGAGGCCGCCAACAAGUUCCAAUUCAACACCUUCUGCAAAGUCGGUGUGUCCUUCCUAGGUAUGUACCUAUGACAUAGGGUGUGGGGUGUGGGGGGAUGUGGGUAAGUAGGUGUCUCAUCACAUUAAGCCUAAGCUUCUGUCUUUGGCACAUUGUCCCUCGCACCCUUUCUGAAUGUUGUCCAAAUUUAGCGUGAGUUCCUCCCGGAGUAAAAGAGAGAAACAUCAUUUUGCUCCCUAACACCCAGCGCUUGGCUCAGCACCUCUCUUUGUCUCUCUCUGUCUGUCUCUGCCUCUCAGUCUGUCUCUCUGUCUGUCUCUGCCUCUCAGUCUGUCUCUCGGUCUGUCUCUGUCUCUCUCUCCUCUGCCCUCAGGAGUUGGGAGGCACCAGGACAAAAGGUCAGGGAACAAUUGUCACUUAUAUGUCAAAUCCUCCGGCGCAAGCUAUGAUAGAACCCACAGAUAGUCCCAGGGGUCAACUGAGGAGCAAAUGUGUAGUCAUGGAUUUAGGAGGUCAAGGGACUGGGAGACAGUAAAUGUCAGAUUAUACCUACCAUUUAAUAGAGAUGGUUGGAGAGAUGUGGAGAGAGCUGUAAGGCAAGGAUAUGAUGUCUGGCUCUGGGAUGAAAAAGGUCAGAGCAGUAAAAGGAGGGGAAGACAGUGAAAAUAAAUAUUGAUUUGUUUUUCAUGUUUCAUCCGACGAUAUGGACUUGUGAAUAACAGGGAAACCAUUUGUAGUGUAGUCAAAGACGUUAUCACCAUCAGAAUGUCAGUCUAUUCUGCCUGAACAUGAUUCAUGACAUUUGAGCAUGUUAGAAUAGAGACAUAUAAUACUGGUGCAGUGUAUAACCUUGGAACAAAGAAAUUGAUCUAAUGUCAGGGAUAUUGAAGUUCUUAACAAACUAAAAGAUGUGGAAGAAAUUAACUUGGCCUAGUUUGGCCAUGGUGCAUUGAGUUUAUCAGAUGUUUUAUUGUGACAAAAACACACCUCAAUACACCCGGGUGACUUAUAACAUAUUAUUUUGUCCAUCAUAUUAGAACAACAUCAAGUCACAAGAAAUAAAACGUGGGAGGAUUUACAGCCGGCGGCUAUGGAACCUUCCAGAGCCUGGAAUAAAACUCCUUUAUUCACCAUGUCUGCAAUCUGCUCCACUGAGUUUCUGAGAUAUAGCACACCAUGCAACACACACACACACACACACACACACACACACACACACACACACACACACACACACACACACCAUAUAAUAACAGAUGGUUACUGCACAGACUCCUCACACCCAUGAAAAUGAACCUGAAUGAAUGGUACCUGUGGAAUCAAUUAAGGUCAAACCAAAUAAGAAUACCAAACACAUUUCAACCUUGUUUAAUAUUGAUUAGAUAUAGAGACAUCUCUGUAAAGGUAUUGAUUGGUCUAGCUCUAGUUAUUAGUACACAUUCUCACACCCCUUGAGACCUCUCUCUCUCAGAAACAGUAAAAACACAUCUGCUCAAUCAAACUCCACAUUAACAGACUACAGUUAUAUUAGUUUCAGAAGGCUUUGUUUUCCUAUUCAGUUUCAACACACUGAGUUAACUUUAGACUUUAACAGACACCUUUCCUGGUGAUAUUUGUAUAGGCAGCAGGUACACACACACACACACACACACACACACACACACACACACACACAUUGCCUUCAGAAAGUAUUCACACACCUUUACUUUUUCUGCAUUUUGUUGUGUUACAGCCUGAAUUUAAAAUGGAUUACAUUUAGAUAUUUUGUCACUGACCUGCACACAAUACCAUUUUUAUUUUAUUUUACAAAUGUAUAACAAAUGAAAAGCUGAAAUGGCUUGAGUCAAUAAGUAUUCAACCCCUUUAUUAAGGCAAGCCUAAAUAAGUUCAGGAGUAAAACUUAGCUUAACAAGUCACAUAAUAAGUUGCAUGGACUCACUCUGUGUGCAAUAAUAGUGUUUAACAUGAUUUUGGAAUGACUACCUCAUCUCUAUACCCCACACAUACAAUUAUCAGUAAGGUCCCUCAGUCGAGCGGUGAAUUUCAAACACAGAUUCAACCACAAAGACCAGGGAGGUUUUCCAAUGCCUCAUAAAGAAGGGUACCUAUUGGUAGAUGGGUAAAAAAUCUGACUUUAAAUAUCCCUUUGAGCAGGGUGAAGUUAUUAAUUAAACUUUGGAUGGUGUAUCAAUACACCUACUCACUACAAAGAUACAGGCAUCCUUCCUAACUCAGUUUCCGGAGAGGAAGGAAACCCCUCAGAUUUCACCAUGAAGCCAAUGGUGAAUUUAAAACAGUUACAGAGUUUAAUGGCUGUGAUAAGAGAAAACUGAGGAUGGAUCAACAACAUUGCACUUACUCCACAAUACUAACCUAAUUGACAGAGUGAAAAAAAGGAAGCCUGUACAGAAUAAAUAUAUUCCAAAACAUGCAUCCUGUUUUUCAACAAGGCUCUAAAGUAAUACUGCAAAACAUUUGGCAAAACAAUAAAAAUUGUAUCCUGGAUACAAGGUGUUCUGUUUGGGGCAAAUCCAAUACAACACAUGACUGAGUACCACUCUCCAUAUGUUCAAUUUAGUGGUGGCUGUAUCAUAUUAUGGGUACGCUUGUCAUUGUUAAGGACUGGGCAGUUUUUCAGGAUAAAAAAGAAAUGGAAUGGAACUAAGCACAGGCAAAAUCCUAGAGGAAAACUUGGUUCAGUCUGCUUCCCACCAGGCACUGGGAUAUGAAUUCACCUUUCAGCAGGACAAUAACCUAAAACACCAGACCAAAUCUACACUGGAAUUGCUUACCAAGAAGACAGUGAAUGUUCCUGAGUGACCGCAUUACAGUUUUGACUUAAAUCUACUUGAAAACCUAUGGCAAGACCUGAAAAUGGUUGUCUAGCAAUUUGUCAUUAUGGGGUAUUGUGUGUAGAUGGGUGAGAAGAUGGGAGAUCUGGUGGUGGUUGGUACCAAUGUUUCAUUUGAUCAGGCCUCUCACUGUGGCCCCAGUCCGGCGAUAUGGACUUGUGAAAAACAGGGAAAUCAUUUGUAGUGUAGUCAGAGACUUCAUCAGAAUGUCAGUCUAUUCUGCCUGAACAUGAUUCAUGACAUUUGAGCAUGUUAGAAUAGAGACAUAUAAUACUGGUGCAGUGUAUAACCUUGGAACAAAGACAUUUAUAUAAUGUCAGAGAUAUUGAAGUUCGUAACAAAUGUACUGAAGAGAUGUGGAAGAAAUUAACUUGGCCUAGUUUGGCCAUGGUGCAUUGAGUUUAUCAGAUUUUUUAGUGUGACAAAACACACCUCAAUACACCCGGGUGACUUAUAACAUAUUAUUUUGUCCAUCAUAUUAGAACAACAUCAAGUCACAAGAAAUGAAACAAGUGGGAGGAUUUACAGCCGGCGGCUAUGGAACCUUCCAGAGCCUGGAAUAAAACUCCUUUAUUCACCAUGUCUGCAAUCUGCUCCACUGAGUUUCUGAGAUAUAGCACACCAUGCAACACACACACACACACACACACACACACACACACACACACACACACACACACACACACACACACACACACACACACACACACACACACACACACACACACACAAACACACACACACACACACACACACACACACACACACCAUAUAAUAACAGAUGGAUACUGCACAGACUCUCCUCACACCCACACAAAUGAACCUGAAUGAAUGGUACCUGUGGAAUCAAUUAAGAUCAAACCAAAUAAGAAUCUUAUCCAGAGCGACUUACAGUUAUUGAGUACAUACAUAUUUUUUCUCAUCAGUAAUAAGGUCCUCAAUCAGCUUUCUGAAUUGCCCUAGAGGCACCAGAACAUCACAUUUAAGAACAUUUUGAAGAUUGUUCCACAAAUAAGGUGCAAGAAAACUAAAAGCUGAUUUACCUAAUUCAGUAAUGACCAAAGGAAUUUCAAGAGUUAGUCAUCCCUGAGACUGGGUGUGGUAACUUGUAUGUCUAAAGCUUAGUAAUGACGUUCAGUACAGUAGGACUUUUUGUAAAAGGGCUUUAUAAAUGAAAACUUAGCAAUGUAUCAACCUACGUGACAUCAAAGAGGACCAACAAACUUUCUGGUAGAGAAUGCAGUGAUGAGUACUACAAUUGUCGCCUGUAAUAAAGGUCAGUUCGCAAUGAGAAACUGCAUCUAAUGGCUUUAAUGAAGUGGCAUACACACACACACAUACCUACAUACUGCUCUGUGCUUAUAGAUGGGAGAUCUGGUGGUGGUCAGUACCAAUGUCUCAUUUGAUCAGGCCUCUCACUGUGGGCCCCAGCCCAGGGCUUUGUGUGUGCGUGUUUAUGUGUUUCUGUAUGUGUGUGUGUGUGUGUGUGUGUGUGAAAGGUAUUUACCUGCUGUACUAAUCCCUGCUAUGCCUUCCCAGUCUCCUGGCCCUGCUCAGUGGGCUCCUAGCGAUCGAUUCCCCUUGUUGUUUGUCCCUGGAGCUGUUAGAGUUAUUACACUCUCUCCCCAGCCCCAGAUAUACACACAGAUAGACCACAGCUCUCCCCUCUCCACCCCCCCCCCCCCCCCCUUACUUUUUAAUGGAUGUAUGAAUGACAAUCUCUCUCUCCAUCUCUCCCCGUUUUUCCUCUCUCUCUCCCCCUCUCCUCUCUCUCUUUCUCUCACCCUCUCCUCUCUCUCUCCCCUCUGCUUUCCCCACCUUUUCUCUCUCUCUCUCUCCUCUCUCUCUGCAGAGAAACAGCUAACGGCAGGGAACUGUCUAGGUGUGCUGGGCAUGGCUGAGGCGAUGAGAUGUACAGAGCUCCACAACAUGGCCAAAGCCUUUGCACUCCAGAACUUCCCUGAGGUAGGUGAAUGUACUGAAUGAACAGAUCGAUGGAUGGGUGGAUGGAUAACUGCAUUAAUGAAUACAUGCAUGAAUAAAUGCAUACAUGCAUGAAUGAAUUUAUAAGAUGUUCAUAAAAAAUACCACAUAUGAUAAAAACAGUGCAUGUACCCCAGGAUGUUUAUCCCAAUCAAGUUUCAACCCUUUGUGCUCUAGGCAGCCGGUCAGGAGGAGAUUCUGAAUGUAUCUAAGGAGGACCUGGUGGCCUACUUGUCUAAUGACAGCCUCAAUACCAAGACUGAGGAACUGGUCUACGAGACCGCCAUCAAGUGGAUCAAACGAGACCCCACCUCCAGAGUACAGGUAAGGCAGGGAGGAGAGAGAGGGGGGUGGGAGGGAGUGGUUCAAAUCAAAUGUUAUUUCUCACAUGCGCCGAAUACAACAGGUGUAGACUUUAGCGUGAAAUGCUUACUUACUAGAUCUUUCCCAACGAUGCAGAGUUAAAAAGUAAGAACAUUUGCAAAUAAAAAUUGAAAAUAGUAACACAAUAAAUACUAAUAACGAGGAGUACUAGUACCGAGUCAAUGUACAGGGGUACGAGGUAGUUGAGGCAAUAGGGACAUGUUGGUAGGGGUAAAAGUGACUAGGCAAUCAGGAUAGAUAAUAAACAGAGUAGCAGCAGCAUAUGUGAAGAUUGUGAAAGUGUGUGUGGCAUUAUUUUUAUUGUUGGACUGUAAAAACACCAGCAAAUCAGCUCCAAGUGAUUUUAAUUUGGAAAUCUGUUACAAAGAAUUCCCACACAUAAGAGAGAGAUAUGUGAUCGUAUACAAAUGUAAGCAAGGUUUGAAAUUAUUAUGUUUUAGUUCAACGUUAUAUCUGUUGGGGCUUCUUGCGGUCACUUUGCAGUCUAUCCAUUCAAGAAAAUAUCGGUCCGCGGCUGAAUCUAGUUGAUGAUCCGUGGUCUAUGGCUUGGGUGGCUGGGGUCUUUUUUUCUUGUCCUUGCUCUGACACCGCCUGGUAUAGAGUUUCUGGAUGGCAGGGAGCUCGGCCCCAGUUAUGUACUGGGCUGUCCGCACCACCAUCUGUAGCGCCUUGCGGUCGGGUGCCAAGCAGUUGCCAUACCAAGCGGUGAGGCAGCCAGUCAAUAUGCUCUCAAUGGUGCAGCUGUAGAACUUUGAGGAUCUGAGGGCCCAUGCCAAAUCUUUUCAGCCUCCUGAGGGGGAAGAGGCAUUGUCGUGCCAUCUUCACGACUUUGUUGGUGUGUUUGGACGCAGAGGAACUUGAAGCUCUCGAUCCGCUUUACUACAGCCCCAUCGAUGUGAAUGGGGGGGUGCUCGGUGCUCCAUUUCCUGUAGUCCACAAUCAGCUCCUUUGUCUUGCUGACGUUGAGGAAGAGGUUUUUGUCCUGGCACCACACUGCCAGGUCACUGACCUCCUCCCUAUAGGCUGUCUCAUCAUCAUCUGUGAUCAGGCCUACCACCGUCGUGUCAUCAGCAAACGUAAUGAUUAUGUUGGAGUUGUGCGUGGCCACGCAGUAGUGGGUGAACAGGGAGUACAGGAAGGUACUAAGCACACACCUCUGAGGGGCCCCUGUGUUGAGGGUCAGCGUGGCGGAUGUGUUGAUACCCUCAACACCUGGGCCCGCCAGGAAGUCCAGGGUCCAGUUGCAGAGAGAAGUGUUUAGUCCCAGGGUCCUGAGCUUGGGGGGCACUAUGGUGUUGAACGCUGAGCUGUAGUCAAUGAACAGCAUUCUCACAUACAUGUUCCUAUUAUCCAGAUGGGAGAGGGCAGUGUGGAGUGCAAUAGAGAGCGUCAUCUGUGGAUCUGUUGUGGCGGUAUGCGAAUUGGAGUGGGUCUAGGGUGUCUGGGAUGAUGGUGUUGAUGUGAGCCAUGACCAGCCUUUCAAAGCAUUUCAUGGCUACAGAUGUGAGUGCUAGGGCGCAAUAUUUAUUUAGACAAGUUACCUUGGUGUUCUUGGGCACAGUGACUAUGGUGGUUUGCUUGAAGCAUGUAGGUAUUAGACUGGACCAGGGAGAGGUUGAAAAUGUCAGUGAAGACACUUGCCAGCUGGUCAGCGCAUGCUCUGAGUACGCUUCCUGGUAAUCCGUCUGGCCCCACAGCCUUAUGAAUGUUAACCUGUUUAAAGGUCUUGCUCACAUCGCCUACGGAGAGCGAGAUCACACAGUCGUCCGGAACAGCUGGUGCUCUCAUAUUGGAUUUUGUGUUAAAUGCUCUACAACAAAGCUUUCUUAGUGUCCAACAAGCUUUCUCCUUGUUCUGAACACCUCCAAAACAAAGGUAAUGUGGUUUGGUAAGAAGAAUGCCCCUCUCCCCAUCGGUGUGAUUACUACCUCUGAGGGUUUAGUGCUUGAGGUAGUCACCUCAUACAAGUACUUGGGAGUAUGGCUAGAUGGUACACUGUCCUUCUCUCAGCACAUAUCAAAGCUGCAGGCUAAGGUUAAAUCUAGACUUGGUUUCCUGUAUCAUAAUCGCUCCUCUUUCACCCCAGCUGCCAAACUAACCCUGAUUCAGAUGACCAUCCUACCCAUGCUAGAUUACGGAGAUGUAAUUUAUAGAUCGGCAGGUAAGGGUGCUCUCGAGCGGCUAGAUGUUCUUUACCAUUUGGCCAUAAGAUUUGCCACCAAUGCUCUUUAUAGGACACAUCACUACACUCUAUAGUCCUCUGUAAACUGGUCAUCUCUGUAUACCCGUCGCAAGACCCACUGUUUGAUGCUUAUUUAUAAAACCCUCUUAGGCCUCACUCCCCCGUAUCUGAGAUACCUACUGCAGCCCUCAUCCUCCACAUACAACAUCCGUUCUGCCAGUCACAUUCUAUUAAAGGACCCCAAAGCACACACAUGCUUGGGUCGCUCCUCUGUUCAGUUCGCUGCAGCUAGCGACUGGAACGAGCUGCAAAAAACACUCAAACUGGACAGUUUUAUCUCCAUCUCUUAAUUCAAAGACUCAAUCAUGGACACUCUUACUGACAGUUGUGGCUGCUUCGCGUGAUGUAUUGUUGUCUCUACCAUCUUGCCUUUGUGCUGUUGUCUGUGCCCAAUAAUGUUUGUACCAUGUUUUGUGCUGCUACCAUGUUGUGCUGCUGCCAUGUUGUGUUGUCAUGUGUUGCUGCCAUGCUAUGUUGUUGUCUUAGGUCUCUCUUUAUGUAGUGUUGUGGUGUCUCUCUUGUCGUGAUGCGUGUUUUGUCCUAUAUAUUUAUUUUUAAUCCCAGCCCCCGUUCCCGCUGGAGGCCUUUUGUCUUUUGGUAGGCCGUCAUUGUAAAUAAGAAUUUGUUCUUAACUGACUUGCCUAGUUAAAGAAAGGCUAAAUAAAAAAAGAUGCAUGGUUCAGUGUUGCUUGCCUCAAACCAAGCAUAGAAGGUGUUUAGCUCGUCUGGUAGCUCACGGCUGGGUUUCCCUUUGUAAUCUGCGAUAGUUUGCAAGCCCUGCCACAUCCGACCAGCGUCAGAGUAGGAUUCGAUCUUAGUCCUGUAUUGACGCUUUGCCUGUUUGAUGGCUCGUCGGAGGUCGUAGCGGGAUUUCUUAUAAGCGUCCGGAAUAGUGUCUCUCUCCUUGAAAGCGGCAGCUCUAGCCUUUAGCUCAGUGCAGAUAUUGCCUGUAAUCCAUGGCUUCUGGUUGGGAUAUGUACAUACGGUCACAGUGGGGACGACGUUGUCGAUGCACUUAUUAAUGAAGCCGGUGACUGAUGUGGUAAACUCAAUGCCAUCAGAUGAAUCCCAGAACAUAUUCCAAUCUGUGCUAGCGAAACAGUCCUGUAGUUUAGCUUCCGCUUCAUCGGACCACUUCCGUAUUGAGCACUUCACUGGUACUUCCUGUUUGAGUUUUUGCUUGUAAGCAGGAAUUAGGAGGAUAAAGUUAUGGUCAGAUUUGCCAAAGGGAGGGCGGGGAAGAGUUUUGUAUGUGUUUGUGUGUGGUCUGGAGUUUUGUCGCCUCUGGUUGCACAGGUGACAUGCUGGUAAAAAGUCUGUAAAACGGAUUUCAGUUUCACUGCAUUAAAAUCACCAGCCACUAGGAGCGCUGCCUCUGGAUGUGUCUUUUCUUGUUUGCUUAUGACCCUCUACAGCUCGUUGAGUGUAGUCUUAAUGCCAGCAUCAGUUUGUGGUGAUAAAUAGACAGCUACAAAAAAUAUAGAUGAAAACUCUCUUUGUAAGUAGUGUGGUCUGCAGCUUAUCAUUAAGUAUUCUAACUCAGGCGAGCAAAACCUUGACACUUCCUUAACGUUAGAGAUCGCACACCAGCUGUUGUUAACAAAGAGACACCCCCCUCCCCCCUAAACCUACCUGACACUGCCGUACGGUCUUGACGAUGCAUAGUAAAACCAGCUAGAUGUAUAUUAUCCAUGUCCUUGUUCAGCCAUGACUCAGAGAAACAUAGGAUAUUCAAGUUCUUCAGGUCCCGUUGAUAGGAUAGUCUCGAACAGAGCUCUUCCAGUUUCUUCUCCAGUGACUGUACAUUCGCCAAAAGAACGGAGGGUAGGGGCGGUUUAUUUGCGUGCCAAUGUAGUUUCAUCAGUAUGCCUGCCCCUUCUGCGUAAAACGGCACUUCUGUCGCUAAAAGAUAAAAGCAGUAGUUGAAUUUGUACUGGUCCAUUUUCAACAUGUUCAUUCAGUGUUUAUGGGUACUCUACUGUAGUGUACAGUAUGGCCUGGCUUGGUUUGUUGUGGGAGUGCCAUAUAGCCCCCACUGUGAUCUAACCUGGUUAAUCAGUACUUCAUGCUGUUCUGACAACACCAUCAUCUGUUUACAAUAUCAUCACACACACACACACACACACACAGAAAGAUACAAGCUCACACACACAGCAGCUCAAACCUUAAAUCAGGACUCACACUCACAUUAAUCUUGUGCAAUGUUUCUGCUACACAUAGAUUUGGGUUUCAGAGUUAGUAUUGGAUCCAUAAAGGUUUGUAUCCUGCGGUGAGCUCUCCAAUCCAUGUUCUCUUCUUCCAUAUUCAUUGAUGUGAUGUACUGACCCUGAGACGUAUCGACCACCAGUCUUAUUUGUUGAAGAGUGACCAGUGUUGGGGAAGCUACUCUGAAAAUAUAGUUUACCAAGAUAGCAAUUACUUCACACUGGAAGAAUUUAAGCUACACUAAAGCUACCAUUAAGAAAUACAGUAUAUAUUUUACUUAAGUAAAGUUACUUUGAAAAAGUAGUUCACUACGUCCAAACUACUUAGUGAAAAAAAUAUAUCUAAAUCUUAAUUGUUAUAGAAUACAAAUUGAAAAAACAGAUCACUCUGUAGUCAUAUGUUAACAGACAUGUGUAAUGUAUCAUAUUCAACACAAAAAUUAGUGAGCAUUAGGCAGGUCUGAUGCCGAAAAAGAAAGGAAUUGAAUAAAAAAUUUAAAAGUAGUGUGCUGUACACCACUACAUGGCAAAAAAGUUAUGAACUACUGAAAACACUACCAAUAUUUGAAUUGAGUUCAACUACCACCAAGAUACUGCAAAAUGUAGUUAAUUACUAGUUGAAUUACAUGUAGUUCACUACUCUCUAACACUGAGUGUGAUCUAGUGGACACAAGCCUGUUUGCCGUCUCUGUUCUGCUAGUCUUCUUAGCUAACAUUCCACUCAGGAGAGGGAAGGAGUGGAAUGUUAGCUAAGAAGACUGGUACCCAGACUAAGUGGACAAUACAUAUCUCAGGGCUAAGAUAUGAUCUGAUUGCAUUAUAAUUUCCUUUAAAGACAGACCAAAACCCCAAUUCAAUCAACUGCAGAUAAAGGGAAGCUGCCUGCACAGUGGGUUCACUAAGAAUGUUCACACUGUAUCACAGGUAUUGAUUGUAAAUUAAACCUACCGACAGCAAGCUGAUUCCCUCUUGCGGAUAUUGUCAUCAUUGGACAUGAUCAGUACCCUAUUUCUUUAAAUAAAAACCUAAGUACGAGUCUCCCUCAUUUUACAGGUGCCUCGUUUUUCAGGUGCAGGGCAGAGAAG